AUAAUUUAAUAUAACCUUGUGGCGGCGGAGGCGUGGUUCAGCGAGGUCUGCGACGGGAGAGAGAGUGAGGAGACGAGCGGUGGUAAGUGGCUCAAGUGAGAAACAAGUAACACCUGCUUCUCGUUGCAGUGAUUGGCGUGGGGAAUCGGCAUUUAAGCCGCCCGCGAACCGGCAGAGACCGAGAGAGCUGAGGACUCGUGGGCGGAAGCAGCAGACGUGCGGGAGAGACCGUAACCCAGAUUAGUGUUCAGUGAACGUGAUUGAUGCGCAUGUGGCGCGAGUUUUGUUUUCUUUUUGAACUAAUAAAUAUUCCCACGAGCCUCAGAACGCCGACUCCGUCCUCCUUCCUUCUCAGCUGAUCCUGAGCUUAAUAUUUCUACACUGGUGCCGAAACCCGGGAGGGAAGGAGAAUCACCCCGCCAUGCAGACUCCGCCAGGAACAUCGGGAUCGCCGUUUGCAGAGAUCAUCACGUCGCUCGCGGGCCUGCACCAAGAACACCACCAGGCCCUGCUGGACUUGCGGGCCGACCACGAUCGCCGUUUCCAGGCGAUGAUGCAGGCCCAGCAGGAGGACCGCGAGCUGUUCCGGAGCUUGCUGGACCGGGAGGUUCGGACGCGGCCGGCAAGCCCCAGUGCCGGCCCCGCUGCCCACAUGCCUCUCACGAAGAUGGCGCCAACCGACGAUCCGGAGGCGUUCCUGGACUUGUUUGAGAGGACGGCCGAGGCAUGUGGGUGGCCAUCAGACAGCUGGCCGGUCCGGCUGAUCCCACUGCUGUCAGGAGAGGCCCAGAAGGCGGCCCAACAACUGCCCGUCCCGAACCUCCUGGUGUAUGCCGACCUAAAAAGAGCUAUUCUCCAAAGGGUCGGCCUCAGCCCCGAGCAGCAUCGUCAGCGCUUCCGGUCGCUGGACCUGGCCGAAGCGGGCCGGCCCUUUGUCCUGGCCCAGCAGCUCCGGGACUCAUGCCGCAAAUGGCUGUUGGCCGGAGGAAGCGACGCCGAGAGUAUCAUCAACACGGUGGUACUGGAGCAGUUCGUCUCCCGUCUCCCGAAAAAGACUGCUCAGUGGGUCCAGAGCCACCGGCCGGCGUCGCUGGAUCUGGCCAUCCAACUGGCGGAGGACCAGCUGGCGGCUUGUUCCGGGGUCGGCGAACCCUUUCCAGCUAUCUCUCUCUCUCUCUCUUCCCCUACAUCUCUCUCUUCCCCUACCCCAAAGUCUGUUCCUUCUCCUAGGACCCGAGUCGGGGGGCCACCGAGGGCCGCGCCGCGUUGGAGGACGGGGACGGAACUGGCGGCCGGGUCGAGGGGCCCUGCCAGGGGGGCGGGGCCGGCACGCUGGGAGGGGGGCGAGGAGGCUCCUGUCACUUCCCCACGCCAAUCACCUGAGCCACUUCCGGCCACUAGGGCGGCGGGGAGGCCUGGGCCAGCCUGCUGGCGUUGCGGGGAUCCGGGCCAUUUUGUGGAUAGGUGCCCGGUCAUGGAGGUGGGGACGUUGGUCCGGAUCCCGGAUGACCCGCAGGCUGCCCCCGAUCAAGCUGGGUUGUACCAAAUACCUUGAUUGGCGUGGGGAAUCGGCAUUUAAGCCGCCCGCGAACCGGCAGAGACCGAGAGAGCUGAGGGCUCGUGGGCGGAAGCAGCAGACGUGCGGGAGAGACCGUAACCCAGAUUAGUGUUCAGUGAACGUGAUUGAUGCGCAUGUGGCGCGAGUUUUGUUUUCUUUUUGAACUAAUAAAUAUUCCCACGAGCCUCAGAACGCCGACUCCGUCCUCCUUCCUUCUCAGCUGAUCCUGAGCUUAAUAUUUCUACAAACCUUUAAAAUCCGAAUUAAACCCAAAGGCAUCUAGAGUCUUCCAUAAAUAAUCAUGCUCUACUCGAUCAAAUGCCUUUUCUUGAUCAAUGGAAAUCAAGCCAAAGUCAACACCACAAAUCUUUGAAAAAUCCAUCAAGUCUCAGAUUAAAAAAAUGUUAUCAAAUAUAGAUCUUCCAGGCACACAAUAGGACUGGUCGGGACUAAUUAUGUCAUCUAAAACUUUCCCUAAUCUAAUCGCCAAUACUUUAGACAAAAUUUUGUAGUCAGAGCACAGUAAGGACACUGGUCUCCAAUUUUUAAUAUCACUCAAAUCUCCUUUCUUUGGGAGGAGUAUAAGAACUGCUCUCCGACUACUAAGUGGUAAAAAAACCACUGACUAAACUUUCACUAAGAACUGCAAGCAAGUCUUCUCCUAUAAUGCCCCAGUAUGCUUUAUAGAAUUCAAAAGGAAUCCCAUCUAUCCCUGGAACUUUCCAGUUUUGCGUACUCUGGAGAGCUUCAUACAGUUCAAUUAAAAUUAUACCUUCACUAAGUUUUGCAUUGGCACUUUCUGAUAAUUUUGGCAAAUCUUCAAAGAAGAAACCAUCAACCUCUUGAUCUAUCCUAUGAUCAGAACUAUAAAGAUUUUUAUAAAAUGUUACUGCUCUUUUCCUCAUUUCGACUGGGUCUGAUAACAGAACCCCAGCUUCAGACCUUAAAUUCUGAAUAUACCGUCUUUGACCAUUCUUUUUUCUAGUCCGAAAAAAAAACUUUGAUGGAACAUCCAUCUGCUCUGCAUCCUGAAAAUGUGAUCUGACCAAUGCCCCUUGAGCCUUUCUUUUAUAGAAUUCAGACAAAGCUGAUCUUUUCAUGAAAAGGGAAUCUAAAUGGUCUGCAUUUCCUGAUUCUUGAAUUAAAACUUGAAUUUCAAUAAUUUCCUCUUCUAACUUCUUUAUAGACUGAGUUAAAAAAACUUGUGACAUUAAGAGUAUAUUGUUGACAUGGUUGCCUAAUAUUUACUUUCCCAAUGUCCCACCAUUCCUGUAAAGAGGAAAAAAUAUGUUUUUGUUCUCUAAAAGACUCCCAAUAAAACCUAAAAACAUCUUUAAACUGUAAAUCUGACAACAAUGUCACAUUAAAAUGCCAAUAAGAACUACUUAUUUUAACAGAACUAACGAUCAUUCUACACACAACCAAACUA